AUGACCAAUAAUAAUAUUUUAGAAGAAAAUUUUUAUAAACUUUCAAAUGAUGAAAUUUCAAAAUUAUAUACCUCUUUAAAAGGUGAAAAUUCAACAAUGGUUUUUGCCUACGAUGGUACUAGAAGAUCUUAUCUCAUUUCUCAAGGUUUAAAAAAUUUAAAAGUUUGUAAUUCUCCAUUGGCUACAUCUGCCAAUACUUCAAAUUCUGCCAAUUAUAAUAAUUUAAAUAAUAAUUCAAAUAAUAUUUCAAAUAAUAAUAAUAAUAGUAAUAAUAAUAAUAUUAAUAAUAAUAAAAAUACAGAAAUUAAAAUUGAUUACAAUGAAUAUAGUAAGACCGCAGUUCAUAAUUUUUUAUAUUUAUCAAUUAUGAUGUUCCAACAUGGAAUUAAAAAUAUUGUUUACCCAAUGUGGUUUUGUACAUUAGAAAAACGUGGGCCAGAAUAUUUGCCAAAGUUUAUUCAAUAUUUAUGGGGUUUAUCAAAGUUGUUAGAUCCAAAUUAUGAUUUUUUUAAAUUAUUUCAAGAGAAUGGGGUUAGAAUUAUAUUUUAUGGUGAAUAUAAAAAAUUAUUAGAACGUGGUAAUGAUAAUGAACUUUUAUCAAAAUUCGAAGAGAUUAUGGAUAAAACAAAAAAUAAUUCAAAUAAAAUAUUAUUAUUAGGUACUAAUAUCGAAGAACCAUCUCAAACUAUAAUUAAUAAUACAUUAUCAUUUUAUAAAAAAUUUGGAAGGGAACCAACUAAAAAUGAUUUAAUUCAACAUUAUUAUGGUGUUAAUACCCAAAUUGAUGAUGUAUCAUUUUAUUUAGGAUUUGAUAGAUUUUCCACAGAUGGAAGACCAAUUUUAAUAUCUGAUAAAGGUGCAGAAGAUUUAUAUUAUACAGUUUCACCACAUUCUUUCUUAUCAACUAAUGGAUUUAGAAAAGUUUUAUAUGAUCAUAUUUAUCAAAGAACUAUAACAAAUGCUAAAGAAUAUGAAUUAAAAGUUAAUGAUAUUGAAAUGAUGAAAAAAUUUUAUGAAAAUAAUUCAAAUAAUAUAAUGGGUAUUGGUAAUGUAAACCCAAAUGGAAAUUAUUGGCAUCCUAGCCCUCAAGUUGAAUUACCUCAAAAAUCAAUAGAAAAACCAAAUUAUGAUGAUAAUCAAACUAUAGUUUUAUCAUCACCAACAAAUGAAGCAUUUAAACUCUUCAAACAACUUGAUAUUAAUUCAAAUUUAAAUAAUAAUAAUAACAAUAAUAGUAAUAGUAAUAAUGGUAAUAAUAGUAAUAAUGGUAGUAAUAAUAAUGGUAGUAAUAAUAAUAAUAAUAAUAAUAAUAAUAAUAAUAAUAAUAAUAAUAAUAAUAAUAGUAAUAAUAAUUUAAUGGGAUGUAAACAACAUAAUUCAUUUAUAAAUGAAGAAAAUCAAUAUCAAUAUUGUCAAACAUUAACAAUUAAACAAAACAUUUCAAUGGGAUCACCAUCAUCACCAAGAUACCUUGACAAAUUUAUUUAA